UAAUCUGAAGUAUCAUAUUGCAACAGUUAAAUGGGACAAGCAAACGUUAAAGUUUAUUUUAGGUUAAGAUGUCAGGAUAAUAAGUGAGAGUUGAAAUAGUCUCGACAACAUUUCAAAGUGGCGCUCUUUUCACCAGUAUAUAAAGACGCGCAGAUCGGCAAGUUAGGGAGUUCUCCUGUGUAUGCGAGCGGAUCAACAUCUGAAGAAAAGGGACGUAACUCUAAAAGAACAGUGUUCUGAAGCAUUUGGGUGUUUACGUUGACUUCGAAAGGUGCUGCCUGGGCUUCUGAUUUCCUCUUGUAUGGUUAGAUGGUUGGAGUCUACGGACGUCGUACAAGGCAGUGACGGAAGCUUCCCCUAAGGCCUUGGGUUGACAAAGAGCCAGUGGCUUCGCGGAAGCCAGAAGCUUCAAGGAGGCGGUAGCCAGUAGCUUCAUGGACACAGUGAGUUCUCUUGUGGAUGCUAACGGGAUCGCAUCGUAAGAGAAAGGUACAGUACUCGCAUGAACAGUAUUCUGGAGCAGUUGGGUAUUUACGUUAAUAUUUAACGGUGCUGUCCGGGCUGCAUAGUUCCUGUUUCUUGUAGAGUGGACUUCAGAACGUUGGAAGUCAGUAGCUUUACGGAAGCUGAAGCCAGUAGCUUCACGGAAGCCGAAGCCAGUAUAUUCACGGAAGCCGAAGCCAGUAGAUUCACGGAAGCACAGGCAUGGGGAAGAAAAAUGCUUUAAUUAUUGUCAAUCGAGAUUUUCCUCAAAAAGAUGACCUUAGAUACGGUGCAAUCAAGGACUACAAUAGAAUGUGUUUGAUGUUCGGGGAACUUGGGUUCUCUAUAAAAUCGAGAGUCAAUCGGACUGCUGCUCAGAUUCAAGAUGACGUUGAGAAAGCAUGUUCCAUACCGUGCGACUGUUUCCUGUUCGUGAUAAGUACACAUGGCGAGGAAAUGGCAUUGCCUAAGGAGGGUGAUGGCUCGGUCAACGUGUUCGAACAGAGACUUCUAGGUACGGACGGUCAGUCUGUGGCCGUUAGUACACUCAUCACGUGUCUGGAUAAUGAUGUUCUGAAAGGAACGCCAAAGCUUUGCUUUAUACAGGCAUGCAGAUCAAGCGAAAACCUUCCAGAUAAAGAAUAUGACACAGGUGUUCCAGUGAUGACUGCAUACACGAAAACGAAACAAGAAAACACAAAUGACAACGCAGAUGGCGGCAACACUUCCAAAGACCCGUCUUCACUUCCAUCGAUCAUAAAUGCGUGGUAUGACGAUGACGUUCUGAAUUUGCUGAAGUCAGAACUUGUUAUUGGGCCUGAGGAAAAUGAUGCGGAUGAUGGCACAGAAGACGAGGAAAUUCUACAGUUUUGGGAUAAUGAAACAAUCAAUUAUUUAGAUGACAGUGAACAGAAAAAGGGAGAUAAGACAGAUGCAAAGGGUGGUCCUGAUAAAAAUCCACCUCCUUCUGUGCCAAAGAAACCACUUCCGAAGCCUUGUGAUGUGGCGCCAGUUGAUUGUCCCAGAGAUUGCCUUAUAAUGUAUCCAGUGCAACCGCAUAAAAUCGCUAUUCGAAACGAAGAACAUGGAUCUUGGAUGUUAAAGUAUUUGUUUGAGGAACGGAGCAGGCUCAAAAGUAGCAAGGGAAAUAUUUUUCCGUUUUUAACAUCAGUGAUGGCAAAAAUGUCAGAAUACGACGCUAACAUUGGCGACAAACAGGAUUUAAAAAUGUGUGGAACAAUUUACCACAGACUAACAACUGAAGUUAUUCUAAAACGCCCCGGUGUAUUUACUAGACAAUUCAGAGCGUGUUUGGCGAGAGCAAAAAAUACUUUUCAGUUAUGAAGGCAUUUUUUUGGAUUGGCUUUAGUUAUAAACUUGUUUGUUUUGGACUGCGUAGCAUUAACUAAAUUGCUGCUUGUAUUCUAUUAACUUCUGUGUUUUGGACUGCGUAGCAUUAACUAAUUUGCUGCUUGUAUUCUAUUAUAAAAUCAUUGUUUAUUGCAGGCAUUAAGUUGUCUUUGUUAACGUAAACAUUACAAAUAAAAAAGGGAGCAAAACGGGUUGAACAUUUUGUAAAGAGUGGGGCAUAAAAAGCGAAGUGGGACCCGCCUUACCAUUCUGCUUUUGCUAAAUCUCUAUUAGGUGGUUUGUUUUUCAAUGGAACUAAUACGUUUGGAUAUUUUGGUAAAGUUUUGCUAUAUGUAUUUAUCACAUGCCAUAUUCUGUUUUCCAUGUACAUAUAUUUUAUCUCACACAUUUGUAAUAAACUUUUUAAUCGUU